AUGAAUCGAAAAUUGAAUUGGGUGCCAAUAUACAAAUAUAUCUUGGGGGCAAUAUACAAUGUUAUUGAGUCCAGAUGCCUUCGAGGGGAAGUUCCUUGCGAUGAAAAUAAAUGCAUCUCCCUGGAUAAAUGGUGCGACAAUGUAGAAGACUGCGGAGAUAAAAUUGAUGAAAAAUAUUGUGAAACUAUAAAAAUUCUUUCGUAUUCGUAUUUCUUUGGUGGGAAUCCAAACAGUUGUGGCGAUCAAUUCCACAUAUGUGGAAAUGGAAUUUGCUUCCCAACGAGUAUUAGAUGCGAUGAAUACAAUCACUGCGAAGAUGCAUCUGACGAAAAAGACUGUUCAUUUGUUUCUGAAACUGCAGAUCCAAUUUCAACUGAAAAUACACCAGAAUCAAGUUCAGCAACAAGAAUGGAGUUUGAUGCGAAAACAGAAUCAACAAACUUAAUUCAAAGAAAUCAAACAGGAAUAAAAGUAAUGGAAAAUACAACAACAUUUACAACCAGAGAUAAUAAUGACAUAAAUGAGUCAACAAAACCCAGUGUGACUUCUGCCUCCAGUUCUCUUGAUUACUAUGGCCGUCGAAUGCAAGCGGAAUCCAAAGAGACUACAAAGCACCAAUUUCGUGUAACAGAACCCACGACACAUUUAUCAAGACAUCAAUACCGAAUUCGAAAUGCAUCUGCACCUAUUAGUCUUCCAAGAACAGCCAUGUUCAUAAACGCCCUGUUGGCCACUUGCGGUGAUCCUCGGGAUUUUAAUGGAAUAAAUAUCGUCGAAGAUUUGAAGAUACGCGCUGGAUUAAAGAACGAUCAGCAGUUUGUUAAUCCUCUGGUAUACAUAUCCCUAUGUUUGUCUGAUGUUGCUCCACAAGACAAGGAAUUGCUACGACUUCAAAGAAUGAUGAAUCCAGCCUUCCCCAAUGAGGAAAUAUCAAAAGACAUACAGGUCCUUGCAUUUAGUGCUUUGGCUUGUUUUCAACAUUUGACAGCAUUAAAUUCGUCUUUUGACAAUCGCCUGAUGGAAUCCACCGUACAAACUAUCCUAUCUCGUCGUUUAGCGGACGGAAGUUAUGGGAAUAUUUAUAACACUGCUCUAAUUCUACAGGCAAUGUUCGCAAUCAACAGCACGACAGAUUGGCAACCCGAAAGAAGUCUCCAAUAUCUUGCAGAGAAUCAACUAGCAGAUGGAUCCUUCGGAGAUUUUUUCGCAACAUAUUUGGCAAUUACUGCUCUAAGUGGAAGAAGCUUGGUACAUCUGCGAAAUACUAAAUGCAACAGCUUGUCGGAAAAGAAAGAAAUUUCACCUAGAAAUUCGUUAGGCCAGUUUCAAGGAAAAAAGGACAUUCAAUUUUCUGUUUAUUUUGGGUAUCCCACGGCAAGCGCUAUAACAUUAGCUCGAUCAGUUCCAAGUGAGUUCUCUGUUUUCGAUAUCAUGAGAUUUGUAGAAAAUGGAGAUGGCCGUUUCAGGUUUAAAUACGAAAAUGAAAACGGCAGUAUUUAUGUAACAUCAAUUCAUGGCAUACCAAAUGAUUCGGAAAGAGGAAGAUAUUGGCACUUGUACAUAAAAAAGCCUUCCUUGGAAAAGGAUUAUGCACUAAAACAUGAAGAAAUGGUUGCUGGAGGAAUAGGAACAUAUUAUCCAAAGGAAUCUGAACACGUAGUUUUUUGGUACCAUUAGCUGAACUUCCUUUAAAAUAUUGAAGAGCCUAGAGCAUUAAACUGAUAUUUUUAUGAAUUUGUAUAUAUGAUGAAAAAAAAUGGAACUGAAAAAGCAAAACUUCAAUUAUAUGAAUAAUGUAAACAGGAAUGCUGCAUUAAAAAUUUAUGACUAAAUAGUAUUGAAAUGUGUUACAUAUCCCAUAACAUACAGUACACUGUCAUUUUUCCUGUGUUCAUAUUUUAACUCACUUUCGGAUUUUCUAUCAAUAUGAACCCACAUAUACAGUCAAAGUUUGUUGUAGGUGGCAAUCUGGGCAGAUAUUGAUGGUGUCACCCCAUGAAAAUGGUCAGGUUAAAAAAAAAAGUAACUUGAACAUGAGGCAUGUAUUUCAAUGCAACAGUAUUUGAAUAAACUUUUAGAAAUAUAUAAAUCAUGCAUCAUCAAAGUACAUUACUAUUGAUGAUGAAGCACCAUAAACAUGUUUAGAAGGAACUAUCAAAAUAAAUGGGAAGUAAACAACUAUCAACUAAUAAAAAAAUCAAUAUUUGUUCGAAUGGAACUUAUCUUCUCUUUGAACAUUUUAGAAUUUUCCAAUUUUGAUUUGAAAAUAUUAAGUUGAAUAAAAAUUUAAGCAAAAUUGAAUGAUAAAAAAUCUGAAACUUUUUUGGGACGCAGAGCACUUCCAGAAAUUUUACACCUAAUCUGUAGAGCUCAAUAAAUAUGUAAGUUCUUGAACCCAAUAAUCCAUGAACAGCUGUCAGUUUGCAUGAUUUAUAAGCAUUUUUUGCGGAACAUUAUGACUUUCCAUGACCGUUUUUGAUCAUUGUUAGAAUCCAUGAUUUUUCCCCGACUUUCCAGGUCUACAGAUACCCUGUGAAUAACAAACUUUUAUCACUUUUCUGAGUUAAAAUGCAGUGGUGCAGAAAAUCAUCUUUAAGCUUAUAGUUUCCCAAAACAACUUUUUUUUUUCAAAAAUUUUGCCAAACUGUACAUGAAUAACAUUUAACGAGUUAACUGUGUGGAAGACUGUCACUUGCAGAACAGAAAAACUUGCGAUUCAUUGCUUUGCAUGUAAUGUGCCUCUUUCAGAUGCAUAAUCAUUCUUCAAGUGCAAUACCAAUUAACCUUUGAUGUUUUAGGAUUAUACGCUCAUUAAUAAAUAAACGAGCUGAUGUGUGCCCCACAUGAUUUCCUUUUAUGCCAAUUUAAUGAUUUUUAGUCAACACUUUCAGAAAAACUCCAACACCUAACCUGAUUUGAGCAUGUCACUCAAAAUCUAAAAACAUUUCAAAUAUCAAUUAGUUUGUCACGAAUCGAUGCAUAAAAGCAUUUUACAGAGAUUACAUUUCCCAAUAUCAACAAUUUUAACCUGAUUCAAUGGAUGUUCUCUAAAUAUCGCCAAAUUGAAAUUCAAUUCGAAAAAUAAUUUUUUUGCCCAAUCUGUCGCUAACUUGGCGACCAAAAGCAAGAACAAUAUCGCCAAGUGUUUGUCAAAUUAUAACAUUACUUGAGCUUAGCAUUGCAAUUAACACAG